UUUUUUCCAAGAGAAGAGAGAGAGUGUGGAGAGAGAGAGGGAGUCUCCAGUGUGGACUCCCUCACUUUACUUUUGAAAUUCUGUCUUGGGAUACUUAGAGCUGUGGUAACCACUGCCACCAGGAAGGGAGCUGAAUAUGGCAGUGGAGAAAGAGAAGAGGGGUCUGAUGAACCAACCUUGAGAGCUCCUGCUACUGGAAUUCUGGUCAAGUACACAAGAAAUAUACUUAUUGUUUAAGCCAAUGUUUGGCCAUGCAUUCUGCUACCUGUACUCAAAGUAUUAUUAACUGACAAAUGAGCAAAGGGAGCCUGAUCUUUUUCAGCACAGAAUGCCAUACGUGAACUUCUGCCUUUUGAGAACUGUUAGGGCCCUAUUCUUUCCCCCUUUCUCAGCCACUUAUUUUGGAAGGGAGAGAGAUGGCCUCUCUGCCUAGAGAGGACGAAGAAGACUAGAGUAAGAGGCAGAGUACUAUACAUUUAUUGCAGAGCCAAAAAAUACUGUAUGAGUUAGGAUUCAUUCAUUCAAUCAAGUCAACAAACAUUUAUUGAGUGCUGACUGUGUCCUAAACUCUGUUAGGUGCUAGAGGUACAACAAUGAGGAGAACAAGUUCUGUGCUUCAAACAGGGGUGAUAAACAAUAUGCAAAUAAGUAUAUAAGGUCAGGUUGUGUUAUAAAGAAAAGCGGCCAAAUAAAUGCAUGUUGAGGAUUAUUCUAGAUAAAACGAUCAGAAAAUAACAGCUAUUUCAGAACCUUAUACAGAGAUUUGUGUUCUUUCCUGCUUUCUUUGAGAAGUGAUAAAGACACUUUGAAAUUGCAAAGCCUUAGUAAAGUUCCACAUUACAAUUCAAACUCAAAGAAAGCAGUAAAGCAACCUUUCUUUUGGAAGAAAGGAAAGAAGGAAGUUAAAAAGGGAGGGAAGGAGGGAAGAAAGAAAAGAGAAGAGAAGAAAAGGGAGAGAGAAAAAAGAAAGAAAGAGAAAAAGAAAGAGAAGGAGAAAGAGAAAGAGAAACAGAGGAAGGGAGGGAGUGAGGGAGGAAGGAAGUGCUACUUCAGGAAAGGUUUUAAAUCUCAGUACAAAAUCAAUCUGUGAUAACAGCUCACAAACUUGGAAAUUUAGUAAGAGAAGAACUUACAAGGGUUAGAAAAUGGCCAGAUAGUGUCAGCUAAGCUAGAUGGUAAAACAAAAUUGAGACUAGAGAAGGAAUGGAGUAUUAAAGGACAAACUGAAACGAGGACAGGCGAAAGGAGCCGUAGGUGUGGAGAACAAGUCAUCAAAACAACUAGAAAUUUUCUGGACUGUGACACGGAGGUCAGGAAAUCCUUUCGGGUGGAGCAGAAACUUGGGUAGUAUAUAUUAUUUAGAAACAACCUGAUUCAUGAUCUUACUUAUAGCAGGAAGAAUCAGUGUUCUGGCUAUUCCCUGCUUAGAAAGGUCGUGAGCCCAGAACUCCUUAGGGGUUGUACCAGGUUGAGAACUACACCCUUCUUUCUACAGCCCGCAUUCUUCCAGUUUACAGGCUCUUUCUCGGGCUGGGAAUUCCGAAACCCGGGAGAGGCGGGGCUCCAAAACCUGGAGGUUAGUGGUUGCCAAGUUAGCCAUUAAAUUUCCAGGCAGCCCCUCCCUCCAAAGCUCACAAGAGAAUUAUUGCUGAGUUCCAUUUUCCAGGGCAUGUCUUUCCCCCACGAGUAUUAAAUCCAGAUUAAAUCAUAAAUACACGCCAGUUGGAGCCGCAACUUCAUAUUCCACAGCGAACCCUGCGACUUCUGCAAACACUCCCCCUUGCAGCCAGAAACCCCGCCCCCGUUCGUAACCAUGGGAACGACUGACUCUCUGCGAGCCGGAGAUUCCCGGUUCCGCCCCCUCCCUAACAAAUAUUGUUUCCCACUAUCUGUCCACAUGGGCGCACCGCCUUACUAUUGGUCACUGCCCCAGGACUGUGCCUUGCUCCAGCCAAUAAGCGGCCUGUGCACGUGUACGCCUGCGUAUUCCGAUUGGUCACCACUGCUUGAUCACGCACUGCCUACCUGCGCCAUCCGGUGCGUGGGAGAGCCUAUGAUAUGACUCGGUGGCCAUUUACAACCAAUCCGCACCAGGCGGGGCUCACAGCCGGCCUAUGGGCGCGCGCCGGGGGUGGGCUGUCCCGGCCCCUUACCAGUCCCACCUGGGUUUGUUAAAGCGAUAGGCCCCACGGCGCGCUAGGGCUCCACCGGGCACCGCACAGCGGCUGCGGGGCCCUCGGCGUGCCGCGGGCGCCCGUGACAGCGGCGCCGCUCUGCUCGCCACGCCGGCUCCGGACAGCUGCCGACCUCCCCGGCGCGGCCGCAUCGCCCGGCGGGAUGGGCGGCGAGGCAGGGUCCGCGGCGGCCGUGGGCUCCGAGGGCCGCGUGAAGAGCCUCGGUCUGGUGUUCGAGGAUGAGCGCAAGGGCUGCUACUCGAGCGGCGAGACGGUGGCGGGACACGUGCUGCUGGAGGCGGCCGAGCCGGUGGCCCUGCGGGCGCUGCGCCUGGAGGCCCACGGCCGAGCCACCGCCGCCUGGGGCCCGAGCCCCGGCGCCGCCGCCCCCGCCGCCGCGUCGGAGGUGGAGUACCUGAACGUGCGCCUGAGCCUGCGCGAGCCCCCGGCCGGUGAAGGCAUCCUCUUAUUACAGCCUGGAAAACAUGAAUUUCCAUUUAGCUUUCAGCUUCCAUCUGAACCUUUAGUAACCUCAUUCAGCGGGAAAUACGGAAGUAUUCAGUACUGCGUGAGAGCAGUUUUGGAACGACCCAAGGUACCUGAUCAGAGUGUGAAGCGGGAACUUCAGGUUAUUAGUCACAUCGAUGUCAACACACCAGCAUUAUUAACCCCUGUAUUGAAAACUCAAGAGAAAAUGGUUGGCUGUUGGUUUUUCACUUCUGGUCCAGUCUCGCUGAGUGCCAAAAUUGAAAGGAAGGGAUACUGUAAUGGAGAAGCUAUUCCAAUCUAUGCGGAGAUAGAGAAUUGUUCCUCCCGCCUCAUCGUUCCCAAAGCUGCCAUUUUCCAAACGCAGACGUAUUUGGCCAGCGGGAAGACAAAGACCGUCCGGCACAUGGUCGCCAACGUGCGAGGAAACCACAUCGCCUCUGGGGGCACCGACACGUGGCACGGGAAGACUCUCAAAAUUCCGCCUGUUACUCCGUCCAUCCUGGAUUGCUGCAUUAUCAGAGUAGACUAUUCCUUAGCUGUGUAUAUUCACAUUCCUGGUGCUAAAAAACUGAUGCUCGAGCUGCCCUUAGUGAUUGGCACAAUCCCAUAUAACGGUUUUGGGAGCAGAAACUCCAGCACCGCCAGCCGGUUCAGCAUGGACAUGAGCUGGCUGACGCUGACGCUGCCGGAGCAGCCGGAAGCGCCACCCAAUUAUGCAGACGUGGUGUCCGAGGAAGAAUUCUCUCGACACGUCCCUCCUUACCCUCAGCCCCCUGACUGUGAGGGAGAAGCAUGCUGCCCUAUGUUUGCCUGCGUACAGCAAUUCCGCUUCCAGCCUCCCCCUCUCUAUUCAGAGGUUGAUCCUCACCCUGCUGAUGUAGAAGAGACCCAGCCUGUGUCCUUCAUUCUCUGAAAAAAUUCCAGAAAUCACUGUGUUCAUCAUCCAAUUAGAAUGUUGGUUCUUCCCCCGCUGCCUUUAUGGAAAGAGGGAGAGAAGAUUAGGGGAAGGACAUACACAAACAUCAAGAUUGAAGGUGAUAGAAAUUGAAGGAUGCAUGAACUUUCCAGUGGGCUGACAAGAAUGCGUUGCACAAAUGUAUGAUAGGGUCAUGUGUCCCCUUUAAAUGAUCCAAUGACGAUGUGACAAGUCACAGAACGUAAUGGAAGUCCUGGUGGUGAGAGAGUAAGUGAAGGGUGUCUGCGCUUGACCCAAGAGAACAGAAUCCAUGUGGGUGGUGGAAACACUAGACGAACGUACCUUUAAACAGGUUUCUCCAGGUGGAAGAGAAGUUACCCUAAGCUUUAAGGAAAUAUGGACUCGUUGGGAGCCUUGAUCUUGAAGAAGGUAGCAGCACAGAGGUGUGUAUAAAUAGGAAAAAGGUCCACUCUAAAUACGAAGUGACCCUCAACACGUCGGGGUCUUCAUGAUUUCUCCCCAGGUCCCAUAGAACUGAAGUUCUUGAGAGAAUCUUUUUAUGAGGUCCUAAUGAAGGAAUACAGUUUCAUAUUGUAAAUCAGCUGUACAGUAUUAUGAAACCAAGAAAGAGUUCCUUGCAAGACAUGUCCAUUCAGAGGGGAAAGAUGAAUUUCAGUUCAAGAAUACAUUUUGUGGAAGGCUGUACUUUUUACCCCCUUCAAGUACUCUGUUAGGGUAUGUGUUUGAUUUUUCCCGUGUCUUAUUUACCUAAGAUCAUAGGAGAAAAAGAAAGGGGGGAAAAAAAGGUUGCAUCCUCAGGAUACCUCGAUAACUACACAGAAAAAAACCAAAACAACAAAAGCCUCUCUUAACCUACCUCUAGUGGGGUUAUCAGAAUCCUUUUAAAACACCAGGCGUGAUAAGCCUUCCAUGGAGUUCCUGCUAAUUGGCAGUCCCAAUCUUAUCUCGCCAAUCGCUAAAUCCGCAGGUGGACCGAGGGAAAAAUCUAUAAGGUUAGCAUUAGAUGAAAGUUAAUAGAUGUAUACCAAAGGGUAUUUCAAAAUAAAUGCAGAAUCAAAAGAGGGUACAAAUUUUGAGGGUACCAUUUAAAAAACAAAAACUUAAUUCCUGCCUAGAGACUUCAGUCUACUGACGGCAGUCACCACGCUGUACGUUAUUAUUCCAACUCUUUAGUAAUUCUAUUUAAACUGUGAUUUUUUUUUUCUUUAUUGUCUUGGUGCAAUAUUUUAUUAUCAUUUGACCUCAGGAUAUUCCGACCGACAAGAUUGUGUUGCUGCUGAAAGUCUGAGCAGUGUUCUUCCUGUCCCCCUGUUCCCCUCUUCUUCCUGGUCACAUGCUCACUUGCUCGUCCUUUGAUCUGUUAGUUUCGUGAGCCGAGAGCACCCCCGGACACUGCAUGGAAGGGAGGUAGGGAUUCCCGCGGGAGAGAUUUUGGACCAGCCAAGUACUUUGGUUUUCUCCACGUCCUACGGGUUCGACCCAGAAACCCUGGUGCCUCCAUGCAGAACACCACACUUCAUUCGCCAGAACGAGUCCUCUUUUCUUUCCGUCAGCCUACGUUCAGUCACGAGUGUAAAAGCUCUUUUUCUAAGGUUAAGUUUUGUAUUUAGAGUUAGUCAGCCCUCCGAUCAGGGAUUUUUCUACAAGCAUGAGGUAGAUGCAGACUUUUCGCCCUUCCGGACAUACCUCUCUUUGUAAUCACGUGAGCACCUGCAGCAGGUUUUUCUCACCGUAAGCCACUGUGUAAAAUCACAACACACAACUGUUAUACUGAUAAUGGUGGUUCCGAAAUCGUCACACCCCGUUCAUUCCCUGCUUUGGUUUUUAGUGUGUUGUGGGGUUUUUUGUUUUGUUCUUGUUUUGCUUUGUUCUUGGUGUGUUUUUAAGCAGGUAACAUGUACUGAAGUGCUGUCGGAACAAUUUUGCUUUUACUUUAAAAAACAAAAAAAAAAGGCCACCUUCAGCCGUUUCUUGACUUCUGAGUUGUAGUUUACACGCCUUGUCACGAUACCAAAACACAGUGAUACCAAAACACAGUGAAAGACACAAAGCGAAAGGUAUGAAGGAAGAGAAAGUCGAGCUGUUUGGCCCCACGUGGAAAAGCCAAGUAGUUGACUCCCAACUGCUUCGCACGCUCCUUCACUAGGAUUGUUUUGUCACCUGUAUUAGAGAAAUCAUGAAAUGUGCUCCCAAAAUGAAAGCACAGCUGAUGUCGUAGCACUUAACAGAGUAGCCGAAAGGGACGAUUCGCCUUAUCGAGUCGGUAUCCGCCCAUCUGACCUUAAGCAGUAGGUUGAAACUGCAUACCUUUCUAUAAUCAAGACAUUAUUUUCCGAAUGUAGAGAAGUCUACAUUGGAACGGAGUUCUUGGGAACGAAGAUAAAAAUGCAGCUGCUAGUGCUUGUUUAUUCUGUUGUUCAGUUUGCAGAGAAACCGUGGCCUUAGAAUUUUCUUUUUGAUGCAAACAUUGUGACAUUGAAAAUGUGCGUCUUCGGGCACACAAAAUCCUUCCGUGGGCGGAACUUUAAUUUUGAUGUUUUUGUUUUGCACAAUAAGAAACUCAGUAGGCAGGGGUUUUGUUUUUGAUAAGUUAACUAUGAAAGCUUUUUUAUUUUUAUUAUGAAAAAUGUAACAGUUUAACCCACAGGAAAAAAAAAAAUAAAGAUUGUAUUUUGUACUCUGGUUUGAACCCCAUGGGUUCCUUUUGUUAAUAAAAUGAUGACACUAA